UUGAAGGGAGGGCGAGGCCAAGUCUGGGCGGGCCUGAAAAGUGCCCUGGCAAGCAGGUUUAAAGCAGGCUGGGCUGCUGCUAAUUAUCCUGGGUUGCAGAAGGCGGGCCGGCUGGUUGUGUCUCCACAGCUGGAACUUUCUCUGCUCCUCUGAAAACAGGAAUUGAGAAUUGUCUAGGAUGAUCCCCUUCCAAGAGAGAAACGGAAGCCCUGUCAACAAAGAAUAUGUGGACAUGUGCCUGCAGGCCAAAAAAGACCUGGAAGUUGCCAUUGCUGAAAUUGUCAAGGCCGAACAGCAAGUCAAAGACAACUGGAAAGAGGUGAAAGCUCAAGUCCACAGCUGCAUCAGUCGCCACCUGGAAAGUCUGCGAAGCCGCGAAGUUUGGUUGUUGGAACAGGUUGACCUCAUCCAGCAGCUGAAGCAAGAGACUUUACAGCAACAAGCACAGCAGCUCUGUUGGUUGUUGGGACAAUUCAGCUGCCUCAUCCGCCAGCUGGAGCAGCCUCAAAGCGGCGGUGACCUUACAAAUCAGAUUUCGGCGUGCUUUGAGAGUCUUGGCAGUUUGACUCUUCAGCCUGAAGAAACAUCCAUCCUGAAUUUUGAGGCUGACGUGGCAUUUCUUCGUCAGGCAAUCACCUCUUUUGGCUCCAUUAGAACAAUGCAAACUUCCGAUAAAGAGGAUUACGCCCCUUGGAUCUCUGUGCAGAACUGUCCCGUGAUGGCUAGUUUGGAAAAGCCCAAACCUUUCCGUGGAAUGCUGGGUUGUCCUCUCUCUGACUGGCUUCUUGGAACCAAGUCCGAUGGCGUGUGCUGUACCCCUUAUGUUCCCAGCUACAAGCAGGAGGACUGGCUCUUGAAAACCCACGCCGGGGAGGCCAAUCAGGAUUUAAAGCCUCCAGAAGUGUGUUAUUUGGAGAAAGCCUGGGGGAACCUGAGAAGCUUGGAGAACUGGCUUUUGCAGAACCAACAGCGGGACCUCCCGGAGAGGGUGGACCUCCGCCGACGGAAGAGCUCCACUUCCACCAUCGCUUCCACCGUGUCCAUCGAGAAGAUCGACGAACUGGAGUUUUUCGAGCAAGACGACGCCGACCUUUCCGAAUGGCUUCUGGUGUCUUCCGAGCCUGAAAAUCGGAACGCCUCCGAUGAGAAGCAGAAUUGGGUUUUUAAGCCUUUCCGGGAAGAAUAUAACCCCAACGAUUGGCUGCCUAAAACCGAUUCGUGCAAUCACUGUUGCGGCGGCCAAGCCAGCGGCGUGGAGAUAGAAAACCUGGGCAAUCUGAAAUGCCUUAGCGAGCACCUUGAGGUGAGGAAGCCGCUGAACGCCGACAGCUGGCUUCUGCCGCCCGCUUUCAACGUGGAGGAUCUAUGCAGAGCCAACGAGCCGUGCUCCAGCCUCUCCGAGUGCGUGUGUGAGCAGAACUGUGAAAAGGAAGCCCUGUGCAAAUGGCUUCUGAGGAAAGAAGGCAAGGAUAAGAACGGCAUGCCGAUUGGGGAGGUCUCGGAACCCGAGGAACGUCAGCCCGUGGGGAACAUCUGGCUCCAUCCUUCUCGGCCGGCGGAGGCGGAUUGGGCUAGCUCCGCCGUGAAGCAGGACGUUGGCCGGGAAGGGGCAGAGCCUCUGAAAGAAUUGCUGGAAACCUCGUUGUCCUCUUGGCUAGCCAAGCGAGAAGUCAACGCUUCCCACGGCGGCGAAGAGAAGGCCAUUAGAGAGGACGCCGCCGAAGUAAGCCAUAAGGGGACCCUGCUGGAGCUGCUCGCUCCCUUCCACCUCCCUUUCAACAUAAACAGCUGGAUCUUGUCGUCAAAGAGUGCGGACAUCUCCAGCCAGCCUCUCGUAGAAGAUAAAUGGCUGCUAAGGAAGAAAGCACACGAGAGUGGCCUUCCCGCCGUUUGUGACCUCUUUGCCUGUAUGAACCUGAGUGGAGACAGAGAAAAAUGGCUGUAUCAGACGCCUUUACAGAUGUGAAAAAAAAAGAAAACAAAAAAACUGCAGCGUGAUCUAAACGAUGCUUUGAUUUUCUGCUGAUCAUCGCACAACUGGAAUGAGUUGACUGCAGCCUGUCGCUUCUCCUGUGUUUUUUGACCAUCUUGUCUUUUUCAGAUUUCGAAUGUCACUUUAAAAGCUGUAUGUAGCUGGGGGUUGGGGCUGCGGAAAAUGGACCUCGGAGUCCUCAAAACAGAAGCGCCCUUUGUUGGGUUCUCUGGGGUCCGUGAUGCCCGUUGGGACUCGCGUUAAAAUGUAAAAGCCAGUAUUUGGAAAUAGGUUCUGUAUAGGAAGACCCUUAGCUGGGGUGGGAGAUGGGGAGAGGCAAAUGUUUAUCCAGAACACACCAUUGGCCCUUCUUUCCAGCUCCUAAUUUUAAAUAGGAUUUACAGAGUAUCUUCCAAGAGAUGCACUUUUGAAUUGUGUGUUCUGUGUAUGCAUAUGCACUCUUCUCACCUGAAAGAUGAAGUCAUUGUCAUACAGAUUGGCAUGGGCACCGGGCAACUUUGGUGCUAAUCCUGGUUAAGGUAACUAGGAUGGGAAGGGCGGGCAAAACUGAGCACAGAGCGGACGAAAUGUUGUGUGGCUUUAAAGCCCUAGUACUAAGGACGAGUUGUGUCCUUUGUAUUGCAGAACAAAAAAAAAAAAUAAUAAUUUCUCUCACACUAUGAAUUACGACAAGUUUGAAAGUAGCCUUAGAAACUUUAAUGCUGAACUUUAAUACCACUCUUUACUCGUCUCCACAAUUCGUGGGGGCAACUUUUGAAAAGCUGUGACGCUAACGUUAAAAAAAAAAAAUGAAAAUUGUGCUCUUGGCUUAGCACAGGUACACUUUUUAAUUGCUAGGCUACCUGUCAAAGGAAUUACCACUGCGUUCUCUGUUAAAUUCACUCAUUUGAUAUAUUUGCCUUCCAGUGCUUUAACAAAGUUAUCUGCUCAGGUUCCUGAGAGGGGGUAUAUGUAAUACCUAACUGAUGUGGAAUGCAAUUAAACCCGCUUUCUUUUACAUUAAUCCCAACGUUUGUGAUGCUAAUGAAGUAUGCCAUUAAACCAUUGUGAAUAAAAAGUG